AUGUCGCAGCUUGCGCACCAGAGCGACCAAGCCGCUCCCACAGCCUCUGCCUCUCCGUCUGUCGCCGCUGCAAUUGCGUCUGGCUCUGCGUCGACGACGACGACAAGCUACGUCGCCAUCUCCGCCUCCGCCUCGACGCAUGCUAUCUCAUCUGAAGCGGCCAUGGAAGCUCGUGCCGAUGACUUGCAUCAUUUCCACUCCCAUCAAGACUUUAUGGGCCAAGACAGUCCAACCGUCGGUCGCAUAACAUUCUCCAACUCGCCUUUCUCGCCGCUGGGCUCUUUGUCGCCGGCUCCCAGUCCGAGAUCUCCCCGACCCGCCAUUUCGAGCCCACUGUCAACGAGCAAAAGCCUGGUCUACGGUCCCACGAGUCCAAGCCCUCGUUCCGCUGCUUUUCCUCUCCGACCACCACCUUCUCCGGCAAUUUCAACCGACCAAGCGCCAACCUCGAAGGGCCGUGUACAACCCAAGGAGACCGCCUUCUACAGCGAUUCCUCCGAUUCAGAGUCCCCGGAACCUCGGAGUGCUAGACAACCAUACACCGGCAAUUCGAAUGACUCGCGAACCGUCUCUGAUCCUGUAAUCUUGAAGCCUUUCCAAGGCUCGUUCUCGACUCCCCGGCCGGCCAUGGCUGGCCCGGUAGCAGCGGCGCAGGCCGACUCCCACAAGGUGGCUCCCCGCAACUCGUCAAUCGAUUCAGCCAUAUCUGCCAUCUCCGCAAAGUCACAAGGAGCCAACGGCCCCCAGGAUGUGCAAAAUGGCGCCACGGAUAUCGCUCGUUUAAUAAAGACCGCCGGAAGCCCAGAGGCUGUGAUCCAGUAUCUACUCAAGGAAAAGCAGUCACAGUCGCAGCAGAACUCCCAACUUUGGCGCCUCGUCGACAAGCAACGAGCUAUGAUAUUGGGAUUGAACAAGGAUUUGGAAAGGGCUCUUCAAGACAAGGAGAAGUACAGAAAAAAGUUGAAAGAGGUCAUGGCCAUUCCUGCCAUUUCCAUGGCUCCCGGCUCCAAAGGAAGAGGACAGCACGCACCUCUUCUCCCCGGCAUGACUAUUCCCCGAGUGGACAUUGAACGAGCCAAGGACAGCAUCAUUGCUCCAGACUCGCCCAUACUCGAUUCAGACAGCACAAAGAACUCGCCCAUCGAUGUGACGAUGGCACCCUAUCCGAUCACACCUCCGGCAGACCAACCGAACCCGCCACCAUCUGCGGUUAGCGAGAUCCUACAACCGGCUCGUACUAUGCCGAAACCCCAGGAUCAUGCUCUGGAUAAGUUCGACCACGAGGAGGACGAAAGGAUCGCCGAUCAGGUGCGCAAGGAGAAGGCCGAGCAACAGCUAAAGGAGAUUCCCUUCAACCUCUCACUUCCCCCUUCACGUAGUCUACCCAGCGAACCCCCAAGGAUGCCACCACCGAAACCCCCGAAGGGACACCUUCCCACCGUUGCUGUGCUUGAGGCGACACCACAACCUGACGAGGGCAUUUCCCAGUUUCCCGCACCCCCGCCACGAAAGCCCCCGCCCGCACCUCUUCAGCUGAAGCAAGACCGGCCUGUGAACAUAAUUCCUCCCCCUGAAGAGGACGAAAGUGACUCGGACUAUGACGACAUUUUAGAAGUUGAUGAGAUUGUGCACGAGAAGCGUGGCCGACGAAAAACCCGAGAGGAGGAUGACCGGGAACGAGAAAUCAUUGCUUUCAAAGAGGCGGCGGCGCGAAGCGCAUCCAAGAAGAACAAGUCCAGCCAGCCCGGGUCUCCACGCGACGAUGCUGGUGCGAUACCUCCGCCACUAAUGCAGGACGCCGGCACCGCUUCGCUAGCCGGCAUGCUCAGUGUCCAAAAGCCCAGAGAAAUCACGGCGCCGUUGAUGAGUCCUGGCCUCCCCGCUAGCCCCCGUCCUUUCAACCUGAAGGCACCGAUUACCUCGCCUCCCCUAUCGCCAAGGAAUGGAGCUCAAUUCCCUUCCGCUCCUCUGUCCCCGCGACCUCCCCGCCAGCCUAUCCCUCUACCGCCAAAUACCCCCCUGGCAACUCCAGCAGUUGCAGCCACUGUUCAAGGGUCUACGUCUCCACGGGUACAAGCCAGCAGCCAGAUCGCUGGGCAGGGAGUUGCGGAUAACCCAGCCAAUAGAUCCAGCCCGACUGAACGCACACGGGUCUUUAAGGGCCUCGUGACGGACGAGUACCCCGAUCUCCUACUCCCGCCCAAUGCACUGCCUUCCAUCGAAGUAAAGGUUGCCUCCUCGCGCAUGAAGCCGUCCAGAGCGAGCAUGCUGUCGCUCACUCAGCUUGAAGAGGACCCUGUGUUUACCCUUGCCAUUAUCUCCCGUGCCGACGGGGGUGAGUUGUGGCGCGUUGAGAAGGAAUCAGCGUCAGUUGCGAAAUUAGACCAACGGCUGAAGCAAUUCGCUUCGUUCACGGCCAGGCCUCCCGAGCGAUCUUUGUUCAAUGGACAUGCACCAGCAAAGCUGGACGCUCGAAGGACCAUCUUGGAGCAAUACAUGGAUGAGAUGCUCAACACCCCAUUUGACACAAACACGGCACUUGAAGUGUGCAAGUACCUAUCGUCGAACGUGCUCCCGCCGAAUUCUGAUGACGCUGUCUCAUUAGGUGAUUCAGGCUCCGAGAUCAGCGGCAACAAGACCGGCCCUGAUGGUCGAGCCCUGCGCAGCGGCUACUUGACAAAGAAAGGCAAGAAUUUUGGUGGCUGGAAGGCGAGAUUCUUUGUACUCGAUGGUCCUCACCUGAAGUACUAUGAGACUCCUGGAGGGGCCCAUUUGGGAACGAUCAAGCUUCAGAAUGCCCAGAUUGGCAAGCAGUCCCAGAAUAACGAUAAUCAUUCUCCAACUCGUGCGGCUAGUGGAGAGGAGUUGGAUAACCAGUAUCGCCAUGCUUUCCUCAUCUUGGAGCCGAAGAAGAAGGACUCAACCAGCCAUGUCAAGCAUGUACUGUGCGCUGAGAGCGAUAGAGAGCGGGACCGUUGGGUUCAAGCAUUGCUGCAGUGGAUUGAUUACCGCGACCCCGAUGACUCUGAGGCCCCGAACAGGCCUGGUACUGCCCAUGACCGUCAACCCUCGGGUCCACAUGAACGCCCAGGCACCGCCAAGAGCAGGAAGGCGGGUCACAAGCCGUCUAACCACCAUCAAUCGGAUUCAGACACUCUCGUCGGCAUGAGGUAUGACACAACACAGGCUGGAGACGCGCCACAGCUCACUCCUGCCCGACCCAAGACAUCUGGUGGGCUUCCGGACCACCACCAAGGUCAUGGAUUUGAGGGCCUCUCAGCAACUCAAGCCAGCAAGCUCAUAUCGGCACCGAAGGACCCCCAUGUAAUAUCCGAUUCCACUUCCUGGGGAACCAAGAUGGGCCUCUCUAUCCCAACCACCGAGGAGAAGAAGCAGAGGAAACGUAGUUUUUUUGGGUUUGGACCUAAAACUCGUUCAUCCUCAGAUGGGCAGGACUCGCUGUUUGGCGGCAGCGAGACUGGCGCAACACCGCCCCAAAACGGCUAUCAUGGACCCGUUCGGCAGGCCUUUGGAGUGCCAUUGGCCGAGGCAGUACGAUUCUGCUCGCCGACGGAUGUGAACGUGCCUCUCCCUGCCGUCAUGUACCGUUGUAUCCAGUACCUUGACGCCAAGGAUGCUAUACUGGAAGAGGGAAUUUUCCGGCUCAGUGGCUCCAACCUCGUCAUCAAGCAGCUUCGUGAGAGAUUUAACACAGAGGGAGACAUCAACUUGGUCACCGAUCCACAAUUCUACGAUAUCCAUGCGAUCGCGGGUCUCCUAAAGCUUUACCUCCGGGAGCUGCCGACGACAAUACUGACUCGAGACCUCCACUUGGAAUUCUUGGCGACUACCGAGAUCACAGACCGCACAGAGAAGAUGGCCGCGCUCAACGAGCUUGUCCAGAGACUUCCUCAGGCUAAUGGGACUUUGCUCAAGUAUCUGAUUGGAUUCCUAAUCAAGAUUAUCAACAACUCGGACAUCAAUAAGAUGACCGUUCGCAAUGUUGGUAUCGUCUUCUCGCCAACCCUCAACAUCCCGGCGCCGGUGUUCGCCAUGUUCCUUCAGAACUAUGAAGACAUCUUUGGUAUUGAUCCAGAGGUGUAUGAACUACCGUCGCCAGUCUCCGAGCCCGACCUGCCAUCUCGCUUUGCUGAUGCACCACCGCGAUUUGAUAUACCUGCUCGUCCAUCCACCUCUGGAAGUAGCUCUUCCCACACAUAUUUGCGCAAGGAUCCCGCGCGCGAUCUACGGUCGACCCCUACUCCACCACUCAUGGGGAACUCGAAUGCUGCUCGAGCAUCGCCUCCCUCCGGGUCUCGACAGGGCUAUGAGCCUACGUAUGUCGGACAACUCAAUGCAGGUCAAAAUGCCAACGGAUACGGGCCACAAGCUGGCUAUGAUGUCCACAGCCUCCACCCUUCGGCUCGAACGAACCCUGGAUACGACCGACCGCACUAUCAGUCAUCCCACGAAGAGUCUGGUAGUGGGGGAGGAGGAGACGACUGGCCGCGCGACAAACCUUCCCCGAUGGAGCUUGAUCCUCGACUCGCUGCGGGCAGCGGCGAUCAAUCACUAUCUGCUAAUGCUGCUGCCGCUCAAUCUCGGAACCCGUCGCCGUCUAGUCAGCUGACUGGCCCUAUUAGCCGUCUCAUGCCGCCCUCCCACAACGACGGCGACGGCGCCGAGACAUCCGAUGCGCCGGAGGCCGGCCUUGGCGGCUUGCAACAUCACGACGCGGAUGCGGACGCGGACGGCAGUGAUCCGAAGCGGCCCCGGGCCUGCGAGGCCUGUCGCGGGCUUAAGGUGCGGUGCGAACCGGAUCCCAACGAUGAGGGGCCAUGUAAGCGGUGCCGCAAGGCUGGGAGGAACUGCGUCGUCACGAUGCCCACGCGCAAACGCCAGAAGAAGACGGACAGCAGGGUCGCCGAGCUCGAGAAGAAGAUUGAUGCUCUGACGGCGAGCUUGCAGACGAGGGCAUCUGGAGGACAUGGCAUGUCCAGUUCUCCAGCAAUUUCAUACCGACCGCCGCCGGAACCGCCAUUAGGCACCAUGAGGAAUGUAUGGAUGGAUGCGGCGGGUCCGACUUGGGGUCCAUCGACGUCGACACAAAGUCCGAUUAGCCCUGCAACAGAGCAGGGUGGACAGCAAGAUAGGCAGCAGACAGGCCAUCCUACUCCGUCAACGACCACGGCUGGGCAAAAGAGAAAGUUUGAGGGACAAGCAGGAGUCGACCGACAACGUAACGAAGAGGCAGGCGGAGAGUCGUCAUACCCGGCGUCUUUCUUCUCAAAGAUGUAUCAGGGCGACAUUGUAGAUCGCGGCAUCAUUGACAUGGAGAAAGCGGCGGAAUUGUUUGCGAGAUACAACAACGAGAUGAUCGUACACUUACCGGCCGUCGUGUUCCCGCCUGGCUUCACUGUCGCAGAGCUGCGCAAGACGAAACCGACACUGUUCUUGGCUAUCAUGGCAGUCGCUACCUCGGAGUCACCCGCAAUUCAAAAGGGUUUACAAAAGGAGCUGAUGCAUGUGUUCGCCGACAAAGUCAUGCUAACGGGUGACAAGAGCGUCGAGAUGGUUCAAGCACUACAAGUGGCCGUCAUCUGGUACUGGCCGCCCGAGCACUUUGAGGAGCUCAAGUUUUACCAGCUUGUGCACGUUGCCGCUGUCAUGGCCCUCGACAUUGGCCUAGGCCAGAAGCUGCCUCAACGCCGUGGCAAGCUGCUGAUGGAGAGCUGGAGGGUCAACUCAAGCCGUCGUCCAGCGCCGCCGGACCCGACAAGCAUCGAGAGCCGCCGCGCAUGGCUGACUUGCUACUUCCUAGCUGCUAACACCAGUAUGGCUCUGCAUCGACCGAAUCUCAUUCGCUGGAGCUCAUUUAUGGCCGAGUGUGUCAAGAUACUUGAGACUUCUCCUGAUGCAGCGCCCACGGACGCGUACUUCUGCCACCUCGUCUGGACACACCAUCUCGCCGAGGAGGUGGGCAUCCAGUUUGCGCUCGAUGACCCUAGUGUCUCAGUCAAUAUCAGCGAUGCAAGGACGCAGUACGCCCUAAGGGGCUUGGAGCGCGACCUUGAAAAGUAUACCGCCUCGGUCCAACCAGACUUGAUGCAGCUCAACUUGUACAUGCACGAGAUGGCCCUCCAUUCCGAUCCAACAGAUCAGUUGCGGCCGCCCAUUUCGACCGACGUGCUGCGCGAAGGUCUCAUGAACGCAGACCCCCUUUCGGCGGCUCACAUCAGUGCCCUAUCAGCAUCGCUAGGGGCCAUCGACGGCCUCUUGACGACCUUCUUGGGCAUGGAAGUCUCUACCGUGCGAUGCUUGCCCGUCUUCAACUUUGUGCGUGUCGCCUACGGCCUCGUCAUGCUGAUAAAGCUUUACUUCUCUGCAUCGGCGCCAGGCUCGGAGCUUGGCCGCGUCAUUGACAAAGACGACAUGCGCGUUGCUCAGCACCUCGAUGCAUUGCUGGACAAGUUCCGCGCCACCGCGGCCGACGACCGCUCCCGCCCGGCCUCCAAAUUCCUCGUCGUCCUCGUCAUGUUGCGCAGCUGGUUCUAUAAGCAGAACAAGUCGGACGCCAAGGACUUGGGGUCGUUGAUGCCGCCCACUCCCUCCACCAUGCACACGCCGGCGCAGCAAUCCAUGCGUUCUGCCAACAGCGGCGAACAUCCCCAUGCAGCCAAUACGCCGCUUCAGCUUCUGUCUGAAGUUGCGACUGGCACUGGCGCUGGUGCUGGUGCUGGCACUCCCGGCCUUGGGACCCCCGAUGCUUCGGGUCACCUGUAUGGCCGAUGGCCUGGAGGAGUCCGCCAGCCUCCGCAACCCUUCUUCCACGACACGACAGCCGCCAACAACUCCACUCCCCCUGCGGUUGGUGGUCCUGGCACUGGCUCGUCCUCGACCAUGACGAUGCCUUCCUCUAUGGAUACGCCCGGGGCAGACCUCGCAGCCGCUAUGGCCCCGGGCAUCCCUUCCCUCGGUCCCGGCAUGGACCCCCAAGGCGGCGGCUACUCAUCCAAUCUCGAUUUCAGCCUCAACGUGGGCUUCGACCUCGAGGGCAUGGGCCUCGGCCCCGGGUCCCAGGGCAUGUACGAAGACGGAGUGCGCAUGCUCCUCGACGAGCCCUGGUUCAGCGACAUGUUCCAGAACAUACCCGGCUCGGGCAAUGUCUUCAACUUUUAA